GCUCUUAGAGACCUCGGAGGCAGCCAGCCCAGCGAUGCGGCACUGGCAAGAACGCGAAGAGGUACUGAGAGUGAAGACAGCGGGAGGCGCGGUGUCGCAGCACUUCUCCUUUCUGCCGCCUUGUGAAGAAGGUGACUGCUUCUCCUUGGCCUUCUGCCAUGAUUGUGAUGACAACAGGAAGAAGGCCAACAACCCCAAACACUGCAGCUGCGUCAUAGAUCAGAUCCUCACUGGUGGGCUGCAGUUGGAUGUCACCUGCCAAGUCUACCACAGUGUCUCCACUACCAUAGAUCCCUUCUGGGACAUCAGCUUGGAUCUGCCCAGCUGUUCCACCCCAUUCUGGCCCCUGAGCCCAGGGAGCAAGGGCAGCAUGGUGAACAGGGAAAGCCACGUGUCUGGGAACCACCACAAUCAUGGACUGCCUCGAAGAUUCACCAGACCAGAGUACUUGGGCAGCAGUGCCAAGAUCAAGCACAGUGAUUGCCAUAACUACCAGGAGUCCACGGAUCAGCUCAACAUGAAGAAACUGCCCAUCGUAGCCUGUUCCUAUCUCAGAAUAAUUGGUUUUCCAGAAAGCCAACCCUAGUGGCAGACUCAAUUUUUAGCCCACAGUACAACUUGCAGCCUCUUGGUUUGGUUUGAUGUGCAGAGUUUUUUUUUUUUUUAAUUUGUUGUUGUUUUUUUUUGAGACACAGCGUCAUUCUGUCACCCAUGCUAGAGUACAGUGGCGCA